AUGCAACUGGUACCGCUUCGUGACGCUGCCCUGGAGAAGGAACUGGCCCGACAGCAGCUGCAUGAAAGACUGCGCCAGCAGUUCACUACACAGGCCAACAAACUGGGUCCCUGGUUGGAGCGCAGCCUAGACAGCCUGUACGCCGCCCAGACAGCCCAAAAUAAACAGCCGCUGGAACAGCAGUUGGUCCAAUUCCGCAAGAUGGACGAGGAAUUCCAAAAGUUGCGCCCUCUCAUCGCCGACAUGGAACGCUGUCACGAGGUGAGCCAGCUCGCAGGCCCCGAAGUGGGAGUCAGGCUU